CUGAUCUGAUCUGUUUAGGACCUUGUUGGAGAUGAGUGGAUAUUCUACUCCAAGAAUGUAGUCUCAUUACCCAAUAGAUUUUAUGUAAGAGUUUUCAGCUGUUGUACGAGGGGUCACACUAUAUGAAGAUGGAUCGCAUCGUCUUUACGAUUGCCACCACUGCAAGCAAGACAAGCAAAAUGACCCGAACAAUCCACAUCGCCGUCCUCGACGUCGACAUCCCCCCUCGCACCCUCUAUGAAACCCACGGCCUCUGCAGCGCGCACUUCCGCAAUGCCCUCCAAGAUGCAGCCACCCGCCUCAACGCCCUCUCGCCAGGAAGCGACAUCAGCAUCGCAGUGACACCAUACGAUAUCCGCGGCGGACACUAUCCUGACUUCAGACACCUGCGCAAGACGCAAACACCGUUAUCCGAACACAGUAUUGAUGCGAUCUUGAUUACGGGAGGCGCGCCGGGCGUCUACGAGAUCGAUAAGAGGCCCUGGAUGCAGAAACUGGCCAAGUUCCUGCAGACUGUGUUUCGGGAGUAUCCCGCCGUGAGGAUCAUGGGGACGUGCUUCGGCCACCAGUUGAUCGGACAUGCGUUGGUCGACUCCGGGGCGGGGGAUGUAUAUGUGGAGAAAUGUCCCCUGGGGAGGGAAGUGGGGAUCCACACUGUCCAGCUGAAUAGGGACUUCGUCGACGCGUUUCCGCUUGCGCUGGGCGGUUUGCCAAACGGACAAUUGAAGAUUCAGAUGUUCCACGGCGAUCGGGGCGUCUUGCCAGAGACAGCGGCGGUAUCGCUGCCCGCGCCGUGGGUGAAUAUCGGGGGCACGCCUAUCUGUCCGAUCCAGGGAAUCUAUUACCCCGGCCGAGUACUUUCCGUGCAAGGACACUACGAGCUGGACGCGUGCGGGAUGCAGAGUAUGUGUCUUGAGUUUGCGCCGUUGCUGGGCUGGACGGACUCGAAGCUGGGGUUGUUCUUGGAGCAGGUGGGAUAUGAUUACGAUGGGAGUCAGGAUGAUUCAGGGGCGUUUGCAUUGGCUGUGGUUUGCUUUUUGGCUGGAGAAUAAAAGUGCUGAUUUUAAACUAACUAGAUAUAAUUAGACGGCGUUGGUCUGCAAACUCUUCUUUUUCACUCCCGUCAACGCCUUCAUGUCCAUCCAUAGUCCUCUAGAUAUGUCUUUCAGCGCACCGGCACUCUCGACGACGGGGUAUACCACGCAGAUGAUGACACUGGCCCAGAUCCAGAUCAGGGAUACGACUACCCACCCGGUGAAGAACGGCUUGCUGUACACGUAGCUGGUUCCGAAGAGAGUGAAAGGCACGAGGAUCACGGCGAUGAGGAUAAAGACGAUAUUCGCUCCCUGCGCUAGCCGUUCUGCCUUGCGGACGAGAAUUGGAUCCAUAGGCUCGAUCUGCUUGUCUUGGAUGAACUCGACAAUGUCAUUCUUUCCUAGCGCUGGCGUCUCUUUUCCAUACCCGUCGACAGAUUUCGAUGGCUGCACUGUGGCCACUUGAGGAGUCGGAGCCACACCCUCAAUUCCUGGCGCAACCUGAGCAUCCAUAC